GUUCGGUUCGUGUGCAUCAUCGGGUGAUCAUUAGCUUUGUCGCGGACGUUCUUCGUUUAUUUGGUGUUCGAUUUUGUGUUUUCAAUUAUAAAUGGUGCAAAAGUGGGUGUAUUUCAUCGCGCCGAAGUGAUUCCAGGGGUAUUCGUGUGGAUCAGGAACUAUGAUGGAUAUAAACUAUGUACGAAAAAGGUGACAGUGCGAUGGCCUGGCAUGAGAAAUUUCGAUGUGGGCUACUUUUACUUCUGCUCUCAUUCGUCGUUAUAUCGGAGGCGACGACAAAGGCAUUGGGUAACCAGGGGACUCCAAAAUCUCCCAAACAUGUACCAGCUGAGAAAGAGGAAACCCAUAAAGAAAUUCGCUACGAGACGGCGUAUGCCUGCGAGGGUAAAGUGCUGAAGAUCGAAUGCAGGGACGGCGAGCUGAUCAAGCUGAUCCGGGCGAACUACGGCAGAUUCUCCAUCACCAUCUGCAACGACCACGGCAACACCGAUUGGAGCGUCAACUGCAUGUCGCCGAAGUCGCUCAGAGUGCUGCACAGUAGGUGUACCCAUAACCAAAACUGCAGCAUACCAGCGAGUACCAGCAUGUUCGGAGAUCCUUGUGUUGGUACUCACAAAUAUCUCGAAGCUCACUACCAGUGCAUCCCCGCCACGACGACGACGACCACGAGCCGCCCCAGCCCGCCGUGGCUGAUCACGUCGCAGCCGCCCGCCUGGAGCACCGCCCAGCCCGCUCCGCCCGCCCCCGCGCGGCCGUCUCCUGCUACGGGUGGCGCGCGGCCCGCCCCCGCCUCUCCGUCUACCACGACGGCCGCCCCGUCCCGGCCGACCGAGGCCGCCCGCGAAGCAGCGAGACAGCCUUUCGACGCGGCGCGGCCGCCCUUCGACAUGUACGACGAGGAGGCAGGGGGGCGGGGCGAAGAGGGCGGGACGACGGAGGGGCAGGAUGAGAAGCAGGCGGGGCCACUCAAGGACACAUCCGACGACCUUCCGUCCCCCACCCCGCCCCCCGCCUCGCGGUCCGACCCGCCCGCCGGCGCCCCUCCGCCGCCGCGCUGCGAGGCCCGCGGCGCGCGCACCGUCCGCUGGCCGCCCACGCGCGCAGGCGCGACGGCGAUCGAGCCGUGCCCGGGCGGCACGACAGGCUUCGCUAAGUGGCACUGCCGCGCCGGCGCAGAAGCGGACCUCGGGCGAGCGGCUCACUGGUGGCCCAGCGAGCCGGACCUCAGCGAGUGCCGGUCCGUGUGGCUGACGAGUUUGGAGCAGCGGAUCGUCGCUGGGAGGGAUCCGUUGGUGUCGAUUACGAACGAUUUAGCACAAGUGACUGGCAGCAAGACGUUGUACGGCGGCGACAUGAUGAUCACGACGAAGAUCAUCCAGAAGAUGACGGAGAAGAUGUCCAAGGACAUUCGGACGGUGGACGACGCCAGACAGAGAGAGCAGAUUGUCACCGAGAUGCUGAUGGACGUCGCGAAGACGGGCAGCAACCUGCUGGACGCGUCGCAGCGCGCGUCGUGGAAGGACCUGAGCUACAAGGAGCAGAUGAGCGUCGCGACGUCGCUGCUGAUCGGGCUGGAGGAGAACGCUUUCCUGCUGGCCGAUACGGUGAACAGCGAGAAGACCGUGGAGAAGGUGUUCAAGAAUAUAUUGUUGUCAGUCCGAGUGCUGGACCUGAAAUCCCUGAAGUCCGAAACCUUUCCCUCCGAGGACCACAAAAGAGGCUGGCAAGUCAGCAACGACACCGUCGAGCUGCCCCGAGGCGCCCUGAUGGAGAACAGCGACGGCGCCCUAGUCAGACUCGUUUUCGUCGCGUUCGACCGCCUCGAGGAGAUCCUCCAAUGGCAGCCCGAGGGCGGCGAUAACAACGCCUCGAAAAUCCUCAACAGCAAAGUGAUAUCGGCGAGCCUGGGCAAGGGCCGGCAUAUCCAGCUGAGGGAGCCGGUCAAACUGACCAUGCGCCACUUGAGGACGGAGAACGUCAGCAAUCCGGCGUGCGUGUUCUGGGACUACACGGCCAACGCGUGGUCGGAGGAAGGGUGUCGCGUGGCGUUGUCCAAUUCGACGCACACCGUGUGCUACUGCGACCACCUGACCAACUUUGCGAUUCUUAUGGACGUGCACGCGGUUUAUUUGCCGAUGUCCCACGAGAUCGCCCUGCAGAUCAUCACUUAUGUGGGGUGUGUGGUGUCGAUCGUGUGUCUGGUGUUGGCGAUCAUCACGUUCCAGUUGUUCCGCGGUCUCAAAAGUGAUAGAACGACAAUCCAUUGUAAUUUAUGUGUAUGCCUGUUGAUAGCAGAGGUGAUAUUCCUACUCGGAAUUGGCCAGACUGACAAUGCCAUCUUAUGUGGUGUAGUAGCCGGAUUUUUGCACUAUUUCUUCUUGAGUGCAUUCAUCUGGAUGUUUUUUGAAGGUUUUCAACUGUAUGUUAUGCUCAUCGAAGUAUUCGAAGCGGAAAAGUCCAGAAUACGUUGGUACUACUUCUUCGCUUAUGGUCUUCCUUUCCUGGUAGUCUUUAUAUCGGCUACCAUAUAUCCCCAAGGAUAUGGUACCCAAAGGCACUGUUGGCUGCAAACAGACAACUACUUCAUCUAUAGUUUUGUUGGACCUGUAUUUGUUGUUAUUGUGUUGAACGUCAUUUUCCUAAUAAUGGCGAUAUUUAUGAUGUGUAGACAUUCAAGUAAUAGUAUAUCACUGAAGAAUAAAGAACACUCCAGGCUUGCAAGUACUAGUGGAAAGGAGGAAAAUGCACUUCAAAUCAAAUUUCAAGCUCACUUGGCAUGGCUGAAGGGAGCAUUCAUCCUGGUAUUUUUAUUAGGUUUGACAUGGACCUUUGGCUUCUUGUAUCUGAACAAAGAAUCUGUAGUGAUGGCAUACCUUUUUGCCACAUUGAAUUCUCUGCAAGGAUUCUUUAUAUUCUUAUUCCAUUGUAUACAAAAUGAAAAGGUCCGCAAAGAGUACCGAAAAUUCAUAAGGCGGAACAGCUGGCUGCCGCAGUGCCUGCACUGCUCCAGCGCGAGUGCCGGAAGCGGCAGCAGCAGCAGCGGCGCGAAGGAGCGGCGCACCAGCAUAUUCGGCAACCAAUCCCAGUCGGGAGGCGGGACUAACUCGCUCUCGACCGACAACUCGGUGCUCGCUGCGCACGGAACUAGUCUGCAGCGCGAAUGGAACUCGCGGAGUUGCACCAGCGUAAAUCGGGCGUGCAAAACCCCUGUGCCCACCUCUACAUCGGCCAACAUGGCUGCUACUCUGUCUCGGAUGAUAAAAACCGCUCCCCCAAAUCCCACCCCUGACCCGGAACCCAACACUUGCACCCUCCCUCACAUUCGCAAUUUCUCUAAGGUCUCCUCCAACAACCUUAACAUACCCAAAUCCAUUUCGACUUGGGGUCCUCUGCAUAAACCUUUCUAUUUGAAGAACAUUUCUUUUAAGUCGUGCAGCCGAGACUCCGGCCACGGAGGCUCCGAACAAGAAGACUCGCCUCGCUCGCACACAGUAGCCAUAGACCCCGGAUACAACCUCACCCUCAACAGCAAGGACCCCCUGUGCCACCAGAUGAUCCAGCACGACCCCACGAAGAAGAGCGAGCAAUCCCGACCGACUCCCUGGGGCAACCACACCUACACCGAGAUAUUCCGAGGAGAGUUCUCGGAGGACCCCGUGUACGAAGAAAUCGACCACAACGAGAUCCAGAUCUCGGACAUGAGCCGACAGUCCUCGAGGUCGUACGGAGAUCACCGACCGCUGAUUCCGUACAGCCCGGGGAAUGAAAGCUGCGCGGACACGUACCGGAGACGUAACGGCAACGCGUCUGCGCGCUCGCUGGCAGCUGUGUUAGACGGCAAGACGGUGGUGUGUCACUUGGAGCCUGCGGAGAUGUAUCCGAGCGAUUGUUACUUGUCGAGGACUUUGGCGCCGGCGUACGGGGACAGUUAGGGGGGGUGACAGAUCUGUGAUUAGCGCUCGAGCGGACUCUGAUGAUGUGUCGUUUUAGCCCGGGAGAUUUGUUGUUGGGUUUCUUCUCAGUUGGGUUGAUAUUUUCGUCACUAGUCCUAGAACCUAGUCAUUAACUGGUAUUUCACUACUAAGGGAGUUUUUUCAUUUUUAUUAACUAGUUGUUCAUGAAUUCUCAUGCAUUAUUGAUCUGAAUUUACAUUGCAAUACGAGAAUUUGGUGAUCCCAACAUCAGCUAAAAUGUC